AAAAAAUUAUUAUAAAUUCAAGCAGUCCCCCAAAAUUUUCAGCCAAUGGCACAUGAGCUGAAUAUGUAUGGCGCAUCUCUCUUACAGGAUCCCUACCUUAAGCUAUACUCAAAGAAAUGUGGGAAAUCCAAUGACCGUGGGCCGAAUGACUAGUUACUGACCACCGUAACGACAAAUGAGAAAGCCGGACACUACAAGGGAUUUCAUGUUUUUUAUUUGUGAUCUCUCAGAACAGAUUUUAUUCAACAGAAUACAGAAUUUAUACACACACGCACAAUGAGAUACAGAAUGAUAAAUUGAUACGGAAGAGAGAGCAAGCGCAGUCGACUGAUAAGCUUGGCGAGUGAUAUCGAACUCCUGUCAAGAAAUCCGUUAAAUCGAUGAUCUCCGAGAAGCGAGGAGAUGAUCCGGGAUGUUCGUUACUAGGACCGACCAAUCAGAUUCCCAGGCGCAAUUACGCCGCGAGUUCUGACCAAUCGGCCGCCUCUACAUCAUGGUUUGGUUACAAAGCCGAGGCAGAAAGUGUCGCUGCAAGACACGCGCACCUCUAGUAGUUUUUGGGUACGUCUGCCGAACUUGGCGCUGGCAGCCGCGAGAUGUCGGCACCGUCCUGGUGCAAGACAUCGGAGCUACGGAUAGUCGCCACAGAAAUAUUUCGAUACUUUUUUACUUUUGAUAUGGACUAUAUAGUAUAUAUAUUAUAUACUAUUGUAUAUAUGUGUUAGUUCAAGCUAGGAACGCUUUUAUUGGAGUACACACUUUGUUUGUGCAUAGUGUAGUUUGAUAGAAAUAAAAAGAAGUUUAUAUAAAGAAAACGAAAUAUACAGAUCAAGUAAGAGAAACAUUUACUUGCAUAAUCUACUGUUCUUCAUGUGUAAAUUUUGGUUAUGGCUUUUUAAAAGAUCUUUUAUUGUUCUUUUAAUAUACCAUUUUUCGAUGCUCUGUACGUAUAUUAAAACGUUGAGACAAAGUUACGUAUAAUUAUUUCUACGUAAUGAAUAAAAAUAUACAAAAUAUAAUGGGUUGAUUUCUUAGUAUAUAUCCUAAAAGAACACUAGUGAGAGCUUUGAAAGCACAAACCAGGAUAAAGAUUUGUAAACAUUUUUCUGUGAUAUCUAAGACCAGAUGAAAGAUUCAAGCGACGAGUUAUUGCAGUUGUUGUCUGCACAAAAAAUAUCUUCUCAUGAAACUAAAGAAAUUUCUACAAGUCAAGCAGCAUGUGAUGAUACUGGUUCAGAUAAUGGUAGUGCUAACAAAACAGAAUUUAAGACUUCUGUAUCUCCAUUAUUUAGUCAUUAUAGAUAUGGCUGUUCCUUUCUUCACCAUGAUAAUUCUAUUAAUUUACCAACUUUACCCACAUAUUUACCACCAAUUGGGGUAUUUUGGGACAUUGAAAAUUGUCAUGUUCCAAAAGGAAGAUCUGCUAUGGCGGUUACACAAGUGAUUAGAGAUAAAUUUUUUAGCGGUUAUCGAGAAGCAGAAUUUAUUGUUGUUUGUGAUGUUCAAAAAGAAAAUAAUCAUGUAAUGCAAGAAUUAAAUGAUGCACAGGUUAAUUUAAUACAUGUUGCUGCAACAUGUAAAAAUGCUGCUGAUGAAAAAUUGAAACAGUCUAUCAGAAGAUUUGCUGAUAUUCAUGGUAGUCCAGCAGCAAUCAUUUUAAUAUCUGGAGAUAUUGACUUUGCUGCUGAUCUUAGUGAUUUAAGAUAUAGGAAAAAAAUUCAUGUGAUACUUCUUCAUAACAAAAGUACUUCAGAAGCAUUAAUAUUAUGUGCGAAUGAACAUUAUGAUUUUAUGGAUCUUAUGGAACCACUGCCAUCUAGACAAUUAUUGAAGGUAAAUUUAUUUGUAUUAAUUUGUAAAUCAUUAAUUUGUUCUAAACGGAUUAUAUAUUUCAUUGAAAUAUUAAAAUACAUAAAAUCAUCUUCUUAAGGUAGUACGCCCCUGUGAAGACCGAAAUUUCAAUGCUUUUUCAUGAAUUUUUUUUUGAAUAGGAAAACAAAAUGCGAUCGUCUUGAAUUUGUAAUAUGUUUUUGUCAGUAUCUUAAACUAUACAAAAAUAUUUUUUUUAACCUAAUUUGGGCAAGAUUUGUCCUUUUUUUUUUAACGUUAAAUUGGAGUCCCCUAAUUCAAUUUGCAGAAGCACAGA